UUAUUUAUUUAUUUAUUUUAUUUUUUUUGGUCAAGGACAAGUAUUAUUUUUUUUGGCGAAGAAAAAUCGAAACAGAUGAGUAAAAGUAGGACGCGAGACAGAACCUAAAAUCCUUUGUCGUCGCCGUCGACCGUAAUCAUCUAUUCUGUAAUAAACGAUUGUGAAGAACAGAGCAAAAUCAGAGAGUGAGAAUAUUGCAUGAUGCAUCUAGAAAACACACCUACUUUUCAUGGCUUUCACAUGCCUGCAGAAUGGGAACCUCACUCACAGUGUUGGAUUGGUUGGCCCGAACGUGCCGAUAAUUGGCGUGACGGUGCCGUUCAUGCUCAACUUGUGUUUACCAGGGUGGCGGCUGCAAUCUCCAGAUUUGAGAAAGUAACCGUUUGUGCUAGUUCAGCUCAGUGGGAGAAUGCGCGGAAUCAGCUACCUGAUCAUGUUAGGGUCGUUGAGAUUAGCUCCAACGAUUCUUGGUUUCGUGACAUUGGACCCACUUUUGUAGUGAGGAGAGAAACAUCCAAAUCUGAUGAUGCGGAGCAUAGGAUUGCGGGAAUUGACUGGACUUUCAAUAGUUGGGGAGGUUUAGAAGAUGGAUGUUACUGUGAUUGGAGUCUCGACAGCCUUGUUAAAAAGAAGAUUUUGGAUGUUGAGAGGAUUCCUAGAUUUUCCCAUUCUAUGGUGCUUGAAGGCGGAAGCAUCCAUGUAGAUGGAGAAGGAACAUGUAUUACCACCGAAGAGUGUCUAUUGAACAAGAACAGGAACCCACAUUUGAGUAAGAGCCAAAUAGAGGAUGAACUUAAGGCAUAUCUUGGAGUUAGGAAGGUUAUAUGGUUGCCUCGUGGAUUAUAUGGAGAUGAUGAUACAAAUGGUCAUGUUGAUAACAUGUGCUGUUUUGUGAGGCCUGGUGCGGUUCUUCUGUCUUGGACUGAUGAUAAAACUGAUCCUCAGUAUGAAAGAUCUGAAGAAGCAUAUUCUUUGUUUUCAAGUGUAACUGAUGCUAAUGGUAGAAAAUUUGAAGUGAUUAAACUCCAUGUUCCCGGUCCAUUAUACAUGACUGAGAAAGAGGCUGCUGGGGUUUUUCAGGAUGAUGGAGCCAAGCCAAGACUUCCUGGUACUAGACUUGCUGCUUCCUAUGUAAACUUUUACAUUGCAAAUGGUGCUAUCAUUGCUCCACAAUUUGGAGAUAAAAAGUGGGAUGAUGAAGCUAUCCGAGUUCUGUCUAAGACCUUCCCUCAUCAUGAAGUUGUGGGAAUUGAAGGUUCCAGGGAGAUUGUUUUGUCAGGUGGAAAUAUACAUUGCAUCACUCAGCAACAACCAGCCAUUUAGAAAUAUUCUCUCAACAACUUUGAUAUGUAUUUUACUGGAUCAUUUUAUUAGAAUGAUUGAUUAAUUGCUUGGUUCGCUCUGGUUUUCAAAUGCAACUAGUUGGACCACCCGUGCGAGUCGUGUGUCGAUGCACAUUGUGGUAUUAAAUAUUGUAAUACUUGUGGGAAUUACAACAAAGAUAACAAUUUAGGAAUGCUAACAUGUGUAAAAAAAAUGAAGUGUAGCAUUAAAAUAUAAAAAAUCAGUGAUUUAGUGAUUGGUUUUUUUGACAAUGUGAAGUUAAAUUUAUUCAGAAGUCGAUAACCAAA